UGCAGGGGUGGGGGACGAAUCGCUCAAAAUGAAGUACAAAGCAGCUUUGCUGGGGGCGGGGAAAAACAGUACUCGGUAACUAAUAAGCCAUGCGCUGUCUUCGCCUUACCAAACCUCUGCAAAAGAGCCGGUGCGAAGCUGUUGGUUUCCGCAAGACACGCCUACGUAGUCGGUUCCCGUCCCCUCGACUCCCCAAAAGACGCCAGCAGUAGCGAACAAGCUCUGGAUCUGGUUUUUCGACGCCUUGCUAUGAGGCUGGCAGAUGAGAAUGUCUGCUGACGUCGAAUCCAAAUGAUAUUUUCAGGUUUUCUAUUGAUCUUGGUGCUAACAGAAGAAUUAGUAGUUGCUGUUCAGGUACUGACUCCUAAACUUGUGUCAUCUCAAAGCCUCCUGAUGGACAAUAUUAGUAUUUUAGCUAUGGAGACAACUCCAGAACUUGCAGGCCAUCACACAACCAAAUCUUUGUCUACAACAACUCUUGCAAAUGCUGGUUCCAGUAGUAUAGCAGAGACUUCUGUUCCUUCUGUUGGCCAGAAGGAAUUAAACAACAGCCAUUUUGUUGAUAACACAGAACCUUAUCAUUUAUACAACCAGAGUGCUUUGUUGUCCAGGAAGUCACUUAACAAACGAAAUAUGUUUCUGGGUAUCCAAGGCAAUUUCACAGCAUUUACAGAACCUUAUCUAAAAGCAGAAUUGUAUUCUUCUGCUACCACAGAAAAUUGGCCCCCAGAAUAUCCAUUUCAGACCCAGCCUACAGUUCACACCAGUCAUCAAAAUACUUUACAGGGAACCACAACAGACUCAACUUAUUCUAUUCAUACCUUGGAAGGCCUUAAUGAAACAGAGAAGGGGAAAUCAUCAGAACUGAUUACACAGGAGAUUGAUCUCAUUACCUCAACAAUUGUUCCAUCAACUGUUCCUGAAAUGGUGACAGUGCCUUUUAAACCCACACGGUAUGGCAUACAGAAUAUACUGGGAAAAAACAACUCAUGGAUAAAUCCAAGCCAGAAUACAGAUCAGGUAGCCUUUUUUUCUGGUCCUAGGACAACAGCAACAGAAGUAGACUUUGGACACCCUAGUCCAAAUGAUGUUGAUGCCAGUCUUUCCUCCUUAUAUACAACCGGGAGUUCUAUUGAGGAACCAGCUACCACACUGCAUCCCUCUGGACAUAAUGCUAGCUUGCCAAGCAGUACACUGUCUAUGGAAUCCUCAACAUGGAUUUCAAGUUCCAUUUCAACAGCCACAGAGAAUUUCCUAAACAGACUGGUACCUGCUGAUACCAGAAAGCCUGAUGUCUCAGGCAAUAUUUCUCAUGUCCCAGAAAGGGACAAGUCCCAGUACAGAGCAACUAUUUGUCUCAGCAAAGUGGAUAUAGCAUGGAUCAUCUUGGCCAUCAGUGUACCUGUAUCCUCAUGCUCUGUGCUAUUAACUGUGUGCUGCAUGCGACGAAAAAAGAAGACAUCAAAUCCAGAAAACAACCUGAGUUAUUGGAACAAUGCAAUCACCAUGGACUACUUCAAUAGGCAUGCAGUAGCAUUGCCAAGAGAAAUACAAUCCUUUGAAACAUCUGAGGUAGGAGAUGCAGUUCUGGAAAAUGCCCGCCUCAUGUUGCAAACAGAAAGUAUUCAAGCAUGUGCUGAAGAUGUUAAAGACAGGUAUGAAAAUGAGCAACCAUUUCGAAAAGUAGUGGAAGAUGAAAUUAACUCGCUCUAUAAAGUAAUUGACCAUGCUAAUUUGACUAAAGUAGACCUGGAGAGUCAGAUAGAAAACAUGAAGAAAGAACUAGCUUUAUUGUCAAAGAAUCAUGAAGAGGAUAUCAAAAUGCUUUACAAACAGCUUGCUUUAUCAUCAGUGGAAGAAUCAGAAACCCCCAUUGGAAUUAGCUUGGAUGACAUUUUGAAGAAAAUCCAGAUUCAAUGGGAGAAAAAUAUUGAACAAAACCAUGCUGAGACUGGUAUCUUGCUCCAUGCUAAGCAAUCCACAGAAACAGUGCCUGCUAUGCAAACACAAGAGGCAGAGUUGGCUGAAUCCCUAAGGGCAGAAUUUCAUGAAACAGCUUGCAAAAUUCAAAGCCUUCAAGUAGAGACUGAAUCACUGAAAACACUGAAAAGAGGCUUAGAAAACUCUCUUUAUGAUGUCAAGCAUUGGCAUGAUAUAGAGCUUCAGAAUUUAGGCUCUAUCAUUGGCAAACUGGAAGCAGAAGUAAGAGAAAUCCAAGGAGAAACUGAGCAGCAGCAAAGAAAUCAUGAAACUCUACUGUCCAUUAAAACACAACUUGAGUCAGACAUUGCUGUGUAUCACUGCCUUCUAGAGAAGGAAAGCAGCUGAUCUCUUUCUUGUCAGAAGACCAGUAUUACCAUUCAAAGAAAAGUAUCUUAUUGGCAAGUGUUCAUGUAAAACAUGACAAAGUUCGUUUGAUUUACCAAUCUAAGUAUUAUAUUAAAUGUCCUAAAUUACUGCUUUGCAUAAAAAUAUAAUUGAAUAAAA